AUGCUAUCCUUGAGCCAAUAUCCUGGAAUAGAGAAAUUUGAUAUGAAGAGCUUGACUGCUCUGAUUUCAGGGGGAGCACCGUUGUCAUCGGCGCUCGUGACGGACCUUACAAGCAAAUUAGCGCGCCAGGGAUCACGACCAGUGAUUAUUAACGGAUACGGCUCCACGGAGACAACACUCACUGCCAUUCUCACUCCCCCAAAGUCUUGGCGGUCUAAACUGGGUAGCGCUGGAGUAUUGGCGCCCAAUAUCGAAGCUCGCAUAAUCAAAGAGAUUGCUAAUGCCGAUGUAGUCGUUGACGCUGAACCUGGAGAGCCCGGUGAACUGUGGAUUAGGGGGCCUACCGUCAUGAAGGGUUAUCUCCGCAAUGAGACCGCUACGAAGGAGUCAUUCCACGAUGGCUGGUACAAGACGGGAGACAUACUUCGUCGGGACGAAGACGGAUUUUUCUAUGUGAUUGACCGAAAGAAGGAAAUGAUCAAGUACAAGGGCCUUCAAGUUGCACCAGCAGAAUUGGAAGCGGUGUUGUCCGAAUGCUCUGAUGUGGCAGACGUCGGUGUAAUAGGUGUUCCUGAUGACUACUCUGGCAAUGAACUCCCUCGUGCCUACGUUGUUCCGACAGACAGAACGAUACUCGACUCUUCAUCUAGGCUGGCCAAUUUCCAGAUUCAUGUCCAAAGUUGGAUAAAGGGGCGUGUUGCUCGCUACAAAGAACUCAGAGGAGGUGUAGUCGCCGUCAAUACCAUUCCUAAAAGUCCCACAGGAAAGGUACUUCGACGGGAACUCCGGGAGCUAGCGAUCGCAGAGACGAGGUGCUCCAACUCACAAGUUAUGAGUAAAUUGUGA